AGCAAUGGCAGUUAGUUAGGUUUGGUGAGUUAGCUCAUCUCCAAGCCUACUCAUAUCAUUCUCGUUUCCCACCUGCUUUCAUCUCGCCCUCUUUCCUGAUUUACUCGCAUUCCUCUCUCUCUCUCUCUCUCUACCACUCUGCAUGGACUUGCCAAUCAAAUCCGUGCCGGAAUCUACUGGAAACAGCGGCCGGAAUGCCCGCUACUUCAUCGAGACCAACUCCGUCUCCUAUGAGCUCCCCGCCGGGAACUCCUCCCACAAAACCAUACUAAAAAACGUUACCUGCCAGGCCCGGCCUGGCGAGCUCCUGGCCAUCGUCGGUCCUAGCGGCGCCGGCAAAUCAACGCUUUUAUCCGUGCUCGCAGGGGCCAUUCAGCCGGGAAAUGUCUCCGGCCGUGUACUCGUCAACGGCCGGGAGAUGGAAGCAUCCUCUUUUAGCCGUAUCUCCGGUUACGUCACCCAAGACGAUACCCUCUUCCCUAUGCUCACCGUCGAGGAGACCCUCGCCUACAGCGCGCGUUUUCGGCUUGGCUCCACGCUCCGAGAGGCCAUCCUCCGCGCUCGCGCGCUGCUUCUACAGCUCGGCCUUGUGCACGUCGCGAGUUCGAGGAUCGGAGGGCCAGGUACGACUGGAAUCUCCGGUGGCGAGCGACGGAGAGUUUCCAUCGGCGUCGAGCUCGUCCACAACCCAGCGGUGCUCUUGCUAGACGAACCCACAACUGGUCUUGAUUCUUCCUCGGCACACCUCAUUGUUGCAAUGCUCAAGUCUAUGGUGGCUGCUAACGGCAAGACGGUGAUAUUCACCAUCCAUCAACCCGGGUUUCGGAUCCUUGAGCUUUUAGACCGCGUCGUUCUCAUCGCCGACGGCGUCCUACGGUACCAGGGGCCGCUUUCUGUACUUCAAAAGUGGCUUGAAGAAGGGGGUCACGUAAUUCCUCCUCAUGUGAAUGUGCUUGAGUACGCCAUGGAUGCCAUGGAGAUAUUAGCAAUCGAAACGCAUAUGUUGGGGAGCUGCAGAGUUCCAUACUCUGUUUUGAGAGAGAAUAGAGAAAAAAAUAAAUAUUACUAUGCUAAUUCUCCAAUAAAUGAAGUACUGAUUCUCGCCGAAAGAUUCGCCAAGAAUAUGGUCAGAACAAAGCAGGUCUUUGUUGCGAGAAUGAUUCAAUCAGCGGUGGCCGGAUUAGGACUUGGAACCAUAUUUAUGAAUGCUGACAACCAACAAGCUAAAGUAGGCUUCUUUGCCUUCAGCCUCACUUUCCAUCUGUCUUCCGCCGUGGAAGGCCUUCCCAUCUUCUUACAGGAGAGGCGGAUCCUCAUGAGAGAGACUUCCCGUGGAGCUUACAGAGUCACAUCGUAUGUAAUUGCUAAUUCACUUGUUUUCCUUCCAUUCCUCUUCGCCGCUUCAAUUCUCUACGCUACACCGGUGUACUGGCUAAUCGGUCUGAGGAGGGAAAUCGACAACUUUCUUUUCUUUUCGCUUGUUAUUUGGCUGGUGAUGUUGAUGGCAAAUGCCUUUGUUGCUUGUUUCGGAGCACUGGUUCCGAAUUUUAUUAUGGGCAAUUCAGUGAUCGCAGGGCUUAUGGGCUCCUUUUUCCUGUUCUCUGGUUACUUCAUAUCGAAGCAGAAUAUACCCAGGUACUGGAUAUUCAUGUACUAUCUUAGCUUGUUCAAGUACCCAUUUGAAGCUUUCUUGCUUAAUGAAUUUGGAGGAGAGAAGGGGAGAAAGGAGUGUAUACAGAGUGGAAAAGGAGGGUGUCAUCUAACAGGAGAGAUGCUUUUGAGACAGCAAGGAAUGGAAGAGUCUCACAAAUGGAGUAAUCUUGGUGUGAUGUUUGGGUUCAUUUGCGUGUACAGAAUUCUCUCUUUGGUGAUUCUUUGGAUCAGGUGUCUUAAGAUUAGAAGAUAAGUCUUUUAGUACAGCUUGCUACCUUCGUAGGAUUUUAGAAGUUAAAGGUAUUUUGUGCAUUUCUUUCUUCGUUGUUUUUUAUAUUUAUACGGCAUAUGCUAUAUUUAUAUUAAUGUGUCUAUGUUGACAAAAAAAAAUGUUAUUUUUAAAUGUCGA